AUGUUUCUGUCGUGGUAUGGAAUAUGUGCCUAUGUAAGUGCUAAGAAAUUGUGCAUUGUUUUUGAAGAGUGUUGUAGAACUAUUUCAGUCUAUGGGACAGCCGGACCAGGUCAGUUAGUGGCUAUUAUGGGAUCCAGUGGUGCCGGGAAGUCUUCUAUGCUUAAUGUGCUCGCACAUAGGAAUUUGGACAAGCUUGAGAUCUAUGGUAGCAUUAAGGUGAAUCAACGUCCGGUCACCAGAGAGUUCAUGCGUUCGGUUUGUGCCUAUGUACAACAAGACGACUGCUUCAUUGGAUCGCUCACUGUUAGAGAACAUCUGAUGUUCAAUGCGAUUCUCAGGAUGGGCGGCGGAUAUCGGAACGAGAGGCAUUCACAAAAGCUAGGCUUAGAAGACUGUGCUGAGAGUUUGAUUGGAACACGGACGAGAAAAGGCAUUUCAGGAGGAGAAAAAAAGCGAGUCGCAUUCGCUUCCGAGAUUAUCACAAAUCCUCCAAUUCUUCUGUGUGAUGAGCCUACUUCUGGGUUGGAUUCGUUUCUUGCCUUGCAAGUAAUUCAUGUUCUUAAGAAACUUGCGGUCUCAAAGUCAAUGACAAUCAUGGUCACAAUACACCAACCUUCUAGUCAAGUUUUCGAGUUAUUUGACAGGUAUAUGCAGUUAACUCUAUACUUCAAAGCUGAAAAGAACUCUAUUACUGCUAUCUCCAGAAUAUAUCUAAUGGCCGAAGGUCGUGUGGCAUUCUGUGGAAAUCAGGCCGAAGCAAGUCAAUUCUGGUCAGAACUGGGAGACCCGCUUCCAGAAAACUUUAACCCAGCUGAUCACUACAUAUCAUCGCUGGCUGUUCAGGAUGAAGAUGAAUCGCUAUCGUUACAGGAAAUCUGUGACGCAUUCGACAAGAGUCCGAUAGGCGAGGAUGUCCGCUAUGAUGCGAAGUCAGGAAGCGAUGCCGUCAGGUCUUCUUACGAUUCAACUUUGGCAAGGGAAGAUAAAAAAUCUCAUCGACAUAUGGCAGGGUAUCAUUUUAUAACUUUUUUUAGGUGGUCCGAACAGUUCCGAUCAUUGUACUGGCGUUCUACAGUGACAGUUCUUCGUGAGCCGACACUUCUGAAGGUUCAACUCACUCAGUCCGUAAUCGCCCUACUCACUGGCUUAGUUUACUUGAGUAACUCGUACACGCAGCAAAAGGUAGCAAACAUCAACGGCUCGCUCUAUCAGAUGGUCACCAACAUGGCUUUCAUGUUUCAAUUUGCUGUCCUCAAUCACUUUUGUUCCGAAAUCCAAACAUUCUACCGCGAAUUCGACUCUGGCCUCUACAGCGUCAGUGCGUACUUUUUCGCAAAGAAUCUAGCAGAGUUGCCGAAUUACACGUUCUCGGCGUUAGUGUUUGCGUCGAUUCUCUACUGGAUGUCUAAACUGGUUCCGCUUUGGGAUGCGUUCUUCUUCUAUCUUCUCAUCGGCGUUCUUGUGCAAAAUACGGCAAUUUCAAUUGGAUACACCAUGGCUUGCAUCUUUGGUACUGUCUCUACUGCUGUAGCCGUGCUUCCAAUUUUUGUGGUACCAUUGAUGGCUUUUGGUGGUUUUUUCAUCAAUCAAGCCUCGUUACCCAUUUAUUUCUAUCCGUUCAAGUUUCUUUCUUAUUUCCGCUAUGCAUUUGAGAGUUUGGCGGUCAACGAAUGGUCCCAUGUGAACACAAUUUCUGGUUGUGAGCGAAUGGUAGGAUGCUAUAGAAAUGGAUCUGAUGUGAUAAAACGUCUCAGCUUCUCACCUCAAAAUAUGUGGAUUAAUGUGAUCGUUCUUUUCUCUAUGAUUGUCGGAAUUCGUUUAAUAGGAUUUUCCAGUCUUUGGUUACGAGCAAAGGUACGUAAAUAA